AUGCCUGAAAGGCCUCUAUCCAUCUACUCUGUCAACCUCAAACCACACCAGGAGAUGUCGGUUGCUCAGUCUCCCCACGAGACUCUCAGCACGGCUGACAAGAUCCCAGUCAUCGCCAGAUCGCUCGUUAGUGAGCGGGCAAAGAGGACCUGGGCCCUGGCUGUGCCGAUAGAUUUCUUAGCAUAUCGUUUUUGUCCUCCUUGA